AGGAGGAGGGUGCCCGACGUGCGGCUCCAGCACCCGGAGAGAUGGUGACAGCCAGUCCCUGCAGGAGGGAGCUGUAAAAGAUGGAUCCCAAGCGCUUGCUGCUUCUCCCUGCCUUUCCCACGCCUGGUUUCUCCGCAGGGCUUCGGAGCCGCUCAGCCGAGCGGCCAGAGCAGGGCUGGCAGCGCUAGGAGCGGGGACGUGGGGUUUGUGGCACGGAGAGGCAAGGAGGAGAGGCAAGCGCCGGGGGGAGAGCGGCUGCUAGCUUUGCUGCUCAAGGCUUAACGCCCUAAGAGCCCAGCUGACUCCUGCUCAGAAGCAAAGGGAAACCGCAGGCGCUCGGGACGGCCAGGCACCCGACGAUGCCGCGUUUCCCCAGACCAUGACGGGACGAAGGUUCGGGAAAUGCAUCGCCCUUUGCCUGCUGCCCUGGAGCUGCCUGAGUUUUGCCUGGAGCGAUGCCGCCGGGCCGGGGACCGCCUCGCCUGGGGCAGGACACGUCAGAAAGGGGCUGCCCAGAGACGUUGCCAACGGGACCGACGUACGCAGCAACAUCUCAGCGCCGUGCACGGCUCUCCCCCCGCCGCGCCACGGAUACUACUACGUGGAGAGAGGCUCGGGCGUCUCCGUGGGCUCGGUCCUGGUGUACUGGUGCCAGGACGGGUACCAGCUGGUGGGCAGCCAGCGGCUCUCCUGCCUGCGCCGGGAGAGCGCUUCGUCCUGGAGCCACCCCCCGCCCCACUGCCAGGCCGCCCCCCAGCCCUCGGCCGCCGGCUCCCGCGCUGCGGUGGCCGCCUCGCUGCUCAGCGGAGCCGUUAUCCUGGCCCUGUCCGUCUCCUUCGCCGUCUGUGCUGGCGUCUGCUGCUGGCGGGAUAAGGCGAGGAGGAGCCGUGGCGGGCAGCAGCACAGGAGGAAAGUCAGAGGAGGAUGGAAGCGUGACCCCUCCACCCCCGAGAGGGGCAGGAAUGCUUUCGGGAGACUGAAACACUACCACCGGCGCGACUACCACCUCUCGGCCCUCUCCAGCUCCGUGUUCCCGGGGGCGUUCGCGGGCUGCAAUAACCUGGCUUUCCAAAGGAGCCCCGAAAACCUGCCGGAGGUGCCCCCGCAGAGCUGGCACCCCGAAGCCGGGGUCUUGCCCCCGCCGGCGUCACAGCCCGGCGCAGCGCCCAUCGCUGCCCUGCCCGGCCACCCGUCCCGCCGCGUCCUGCUGACUGCCGUGCCCUGCCGCGCCGACCUCCCCAGGGACCUGCUCCCCCUCUGCUACAGAAGCUACGAGAAACAUAAGCUCUUCGACAAGUUCGGGAGGCUGGUCUGAAAAUUUAAACAUUCCACUUCCCCCCCCCCCCUUUUUUUUUCUUUGAACACCAUCAAUUCCUUGAAACGCUGCAGAGCUCAGGAAAGAAUCUCACAAGAGCCAAUUACUGCACCUGGGUUUUCAAAUGGAGAAAAUUUGACACUUCACAUUGAAAGGCUUUUUUGAUAGAAACCUUUUAUUUCUCUCCCCUGUCCAGAAGUGCACAUUUCAAACAAGAGUUCCUGCGUUACAAGCUUCUUAAUUGAUCAUUUUGGUGAGAUGCAUAAAGCCAAGUCUGAGCAGCUCCAGCUUAACCUACAAGCUGAGCAUGUGCAGACUUCCAGGUUUUAAACACAAGAGGCUGAUUUUCUGUUUAGGGCUCUUCUAAAGGCUGAAAGUGAAGACAGCCAGUUACCAGGAACAAGGAAUCUAUGUCAUUAGAUAAUUGGAAGCAUUUACAAUUCAUUGCACUUGAAUGUAGGCUGAGAUUUAAAGGGGGGGUUUUGUUGUUGUUCAGAACUCACCAUAUCUUCCCAUUUCUACACAGACAAUCUUAGACUUGCGAGAUGCAGUGACAAGUGUGCAAAGACAGCCAGUCACGAGGAAAACAUGAAUUUAUCUUUAAUACAAAGGACCUACCACAUUCGGGGAAAAAAAUCCCAACGACAAAGUAAAAAAAAAAAAAAAAAACCCCAAAAAAAACCACCAAAAAAACCCCCACACUUGGGGUUUUUCAUCCCCUCUCUCCUGCAUUAGACAUUCUCAUCAGGACCUACAGCAGCACCCGAAGAGCUAGCCUAAGUGCCAUCAUUUGCAUUCAGAAAGCAAAGACACCCAUAUUUCUGUCCAGGAUUUCCUGGGUGGAAAUAGAGGGGCAUGUUCCAGGCAGCACAUGCAGAGCCUGGCCAAGCAGCGUCGGGACACCUCGGCCCCCGUUCGCACCGCAGGACAGACGUAUUCCUGCAUAGCACGCCCGACGCAGUUUGGGCAGAUGGGGCUCGUUGAGUAACGUGGCAUCACGUGUGCGCAGAGAUGCUGCUCUUAAUUUGGGAGGCGUUACGGUGUUAGUCAGAAGAGGUGCUGGCAGCCCCAAAAGCUGCCGCAUGCGUGGGGCAGGGAAUAAGAACGAGCACCCAGGACGUGAACCCCCAGCAUCACCUGCCAUCCAGUGCUCAAGGAUGCAAACUGCAAUACUCAAACAAUCCUGCUGCAAAGGCUAGGAGUUUUAGUCUGCUGACUUCAUUUCUAUCAACAUUUGCAUCCCAUUUCAAGGAAAGAAGCCUUAAAAGAUGCAAGGUAGCACAUUUUUGUGCUAAGGCAAUUCCUACUAGUGGAAAUCUGGGAACCACUGCUGCUUCUCCCUGGAAAGAGGGCUAGGUACGCUGUUUUUUCUAUUUCUAAUAAUAAUAAUAAAGGAAACUCUCCUCA